GGCUCACUCGGGAUCAAUAUGCCUACUUAAGGUGGCCGCGGAGCCAGAAAAAGAUUGCUCCUUUCUCACACCUCAUCAACCACUUCCAUCGGCUCAGCUUCUCUACCUUCUUCCUUUUCAAUCCUUCAACUCUCAACAGCUGGGCUGUUUUUUUCUUCUUCACUUGCGGCUUGUCUGUCUUUCUCUCGAAGGUCACCACCUCCAUCUCCAUCAAUACCGUCACAAUGUAUUUCAAGGCCGCGGUCCUCUUCUCCCUCCUCGCCUCCUCCUUCGCGCUCCCAACCGGCAGCGUGGACCGCACAGUCAAGCGGGGAGUUCUUUCCGUCCAGGACUACUCGGAAUUUCAGGUCUCGGACGGCGUUGCCGGCAAUGCCCUGGCCGAAGUGAACGCCAAGUUCCCAAUCGACACGUCCAAUUUGGCUUCCGUCAGCGACGAGGAUCUCGAAAUCCUCAAGGCGGCACGCAAGACGGCCGAGGCGGCCGAGACAAAAGCCGGAGGCUUCAACGAAGCCAUCAAGGCUGCCGGAGGCACCAAGACGACCGACGGCCAGGCGCUCCAGAACGGCAAGAUCAAGAACAAGGUGUUGAAGCUGCAGCUGCAGGUCCUCGCGCUGCAGAUCGAGGCCGCCAAGGGCAAGGACACGGCCGCGAAACUGGCCGAGGAGCAGAAGAAGUUGGACAAGAACGUCCAGCUUGACAAGGAGGCCGCCGGUCAACGGAGCCAGAGUGUGAACUUCCAGGGAACCAGUCAGCCGUAAAGUUUUUUCUUAAGGGGUAGUGGAGGCGCGGACAGUUCUGGAAACUGCCGCCGAAUGGAAAUUCAAAGCCCCCGACGUGCCCAUCGGUUAG